ACGCUUUGAUAAUUCAACAAACCAACAAACAAAUUAUUGAACCACCCAUACGAAACACUAUCCCAAAUUUCCGGCAACCAAAACUUCCCGUCACCGGCAACAACAACUAAACCUCACGUUCCGAUCGUUUAACCAUGUUUCUUGUUCAAAAAGCAAACCUAUCCUCACCUUUCCGAUCAACCACCAAAAAACCACCACAUAUCCCCAAACCCUACCAACUCGCCGCUCAAUUAUUCGACGAAAACAUCAUCCUCCAUCUCAAAACCCUAGAUCUACCACCAGACUCAUCAUAUAUCACUUUAUCCUGGCUAUCGGCAGCCGUUUCCUUCAUCUCAACCGUUCAUUCCGAAGCAGAGCUUCAGAUCUCCAAUCUGAAACCUGAAGCGGAUGAUUUUCACGAUUUGUAUAUGGAUUACAGUCUCAAGGUAUUAGAUCUGUGUAAUUUGAUCUCAUCUGCGGUUAAUCGGUUAACCGAUACACGACUUUUGCUCAAUUUCAGUCUCCGUUUGUUGAAAUUCUCCGAUGAUUUGCCGCCGGUUGAGAAAUUGAACAAAGCAAAGGAUGCAAUUGCCAGAUCUGUUAAUAGUUUAAACAAUAUUAACAAUAAUAUUAACGAUACAGAUGAAUCUGUGAAGGAGAAAGGUAUCCGAGUGAAGAAGUUGAUAAACGAAUUGGCUGUACUCAUCGGUAACCUGCCACGUGGCAAGGUAACCGACGGAAUCCGUCGGAUGUUUUACGCUACCGGAGUGUUGACGGUUUUCGUCGGAAGCGUUUUGGUAACCGUUUUGUACGGAGAAUCGGAUGUGGUUAGACAACUCCGAGUUCCGAGCGAGUUCGUGUGGGCUGACUCGGUCAAUGGAAUGGAGAAUCGAAUCUUUGACUUGAUAAAGUUCAAGAAAAAUGUGGUAAAGGAGGUUGAUGAUGUGGUAAAGCAAGCCGUGGUGGUGCGUGAUGUUAUUGAAACGGUUGUUAACGGCGGAGGUGAUGACGGCGUUAGGGUUUGUUUGCAGGAUGGUGUGAAGGAGAUGACGGUUGGGGCGAAGAAGUUAUCGGAUGGGAUAGAUAAGUUGACUGACGGAGUUAACGGUAUGUUUCGUACUGUAUUGAAAAUACGUAACGGUCGUUUAGAUGUUUAGUUGGUACCGUAUUAGUGUGGUUCUUAUAUUAAUGAUGAUGAUGAUAUUGAUGAUGAAGUGUGAAUAUGUUAUAGAUAAUAAAGUAUUAUAUAUAAAAUGGUGUAUGUUAUAUGGUAACAUUAGUCAGUUGAUAUAAGUUUUAUCACAAGUGUAUUGUAGCAAUGUAGCCUGAGGGGGGCAACAGUAGAACUGUAUUUAUGAAAGUUUAUGUUUUUCUUUAUACGGGUUAUACAGUUAUACUUGUAAAGUU